AUGUUCUUAAAAGGGGAUGAAUUAUCAAAUCAUAUUGAUAGUUCAACUCAAGUUCCCACUGAUGAAAAGGAAUUUGCACAACGGGAUGUCAAGGAUGCUAAGGUGAUCUCUUGGCUAUUGGGGACAAUUGAGUCUCACCUUGUGACCAAUCUUCGCUGUUUUACUACAGCUCAGGCUAUGUGGGAUUAUCUCCACCGUAUUUACCACCAAGAUCACAGUGCUCGGAAGUUUCAAUUGGAGUUGGAAAUUAGUAAUUACAAUCAAGGUAAUUUAUCUAUUAAACAAGUUUAUUCUAGUUUUAUUAAUCUUUGGAAAGAGUAUUUUGCUAUUGUUCAUGCUAACAUUUCCCCUACGGCACUUGCGACUCUUCAAGCGGUUCAUGCUGAGAGUCAACACGAUCAGUUUUUGAUGAAACUUCGACUUGAAUUUGAGCCUGUUCGAGCCAGUUUAUUGAUACGUAAUCCGGUUCCUUCUUAG